UUCAGUGUGACAUAAAAAGUGGCGUCUUGAUUUUAUACAGAGAAGAAAUAUUUGUAUUCUUAUUUAUUUAUGAAUUAAAAACUGCAAAAUACAAUUUAAACAAAAUAAAAUUGGUUAAAAGCAUUUGAAUAACAAUGUCUACCGAUGUUCGUGAUAUUCUGGACAUGGAGCGUGCGAAUACGCCCGAGGUGACUCGGGAUUCAUUCCUCGCUACCAAAAAGAGGAACUUUGAAAAAGUUAAAACAAGUAAACGUCCUGAAGGGAUGCACCGAGAAGUGUUUGCUUUGUUGUACAAUGAUAACAAAGAUGCACCACCUUUGUUGCCCACGGAUACUGCUCUUGGAAUAGGUUCUGGUUAUAAACAAGCUAAAGCUCGAUUGGGCAUGCGACAAGUUCGCAAAUGGGAAUGGGCACCGUUUAGCAACCCGGCCAGAACCGACGGAGCAGUUUUCCACCACUGGAAGCGCCAAUCUGAUGAUGCUCGAGAGUAUCCCUUCGCAAAGUUUAACAAACAACUUCAAAUACCAGUUUAUACAGUCAGCGAGUAUAACACCCAUUUGCGGUCACAGCCAAAUAAGUGGACAAAAGCUCAAACUGAUCACUUGUUUGAGUUGGCUAAGAGAUUUGAUCUGCGUUUUAUCAUCAUGGCUGAUCGUUGGGAUCAUGUGAGUUUUGGAAUGAAGACAGUUGAGGAUCUAAAAGAGCGAUACUAUGAAGUUGUUGGAUUGCUUACUAAGGCCAAGGGAACAAAUAGCGACAAGAAAGCGUAUGUUUUUGAUGCCGAGCACGAGCGCAAGAGGAAAGAACAACUUAAAAAAUUAUUUGAACGAACUACCAAGCAGGUUGAAGAAGAACAAAUGCUUUUGAAUGAACUUAAGAAAAUCGAAGCUAGAAAGAAGGAACGAGAGCGCAAGACACAAGAUCUUCAAAAGCUUAUUUCACAAGCUGAUCAGCAAAGUGAAACAGCAUUGGCAGACAAAGCGACCAAAAAACACGAGAAAAAACUCUACAAGAAAAAAAUUCAUCAUCAACCCAGGCCGUCGAAGGUGGAUUCAGUUGUUAAUGCAAUUGAAAUUGGUGGAAGUGGAAUUAAAUUUGCCGAUCUGCGCGGUUCUGGAGUUUCACUUCGUUCACAGAAGAUGAAACUUCCAGCUAACAUUGGACAAAGAAAAGUAAAAGCUUUAGAAACUGCUAUUCAAGAGUUUAAAGUUGAUCCUUCACCUCCACCAACUGAAGAUAUUUGUAAUAGUUUUAAUGAGCUACGAUCUGAUAUGGUGCUCUUGUGUGAGCUGAGAACUGCUUUGGCAACUUGUGUCUAUGAACUGGAGAGUUUAAAACAUCAAUAUGAAGCAGCUUGUCCUGGAAAGACAUUGAACAUUCCUGCGGUUUUGAUCCCACCGGAUAAUUCAUCGCAAGGAGAAAACUCAACCGAUGGUAUAAGUUUAAGUGGAGCAUAAGGUUUUAAAUUUAAUAAAAUUAUUAUAAUUAAAAACGAAAGAAUAAUAAUAAAAAUAAUUACUGUAACAAUAAACAA